GAUUAAAUCCACGCGUCCCCUUUUGAUUAAGGAAACAAGAAACAACCAUGUGCAGCAAGAAAGUUGCCGGAGUGGCGCUGCUCAUAACAGGCCUCGUCUUGGUAAUACUUGGUGUUGUCAUUGGACUCCUACUACCAAAUGCAGCUCAGGAGAAAAUUGAAGAAUCAGUUUGUGUGAACGGCAAGGACAGCCCAGGAUAUAAAAGAUGGGUGAGUAUUCUGUGUAUUUUACCAAAAACGAGAAAAAAAUGAGACCUACAUACCUUUUCUACAAUUUGUGGCGAUAUUAUGCCCACAAUUCGAGCAAAACCUGCCAGUGUCUUCACACUUAUGUCCACAGUUUGAGCAAAACAUGCUGCUUCGUCAGAACAAGAAAUUCCUACAUAAAAGAUAGAUAAACAUUACUGAAUGAAAUUUAAAAGAACCGGCCGCGCGCCUGAGCGGGAAGCUCUCUUGUGAUUGGCUAAUCAUGUUCAGUUGGCAACCAUGGCGACACCAAUAUCUUCACACGUUAAAGAUAAAAAUAGUAUCCUAACAACGCGCGAUGAAGAUAUGAUUUUUUAGUAAAAGGAAAAAUCCUGGUAUUUCAUCAGUAUCUGUAUAGUAAAUCUAGAUAUUUCAUGAUUUUUGGACCUCCCAGUUAAGCUAUUCAACGGUAAACACUGUGUUUUAUCUCCAGGAGGGACCUAGUCAUUACACAACAAGAGUCUACUACUGGAAUAUCACCAACAAAGAUGGAUUUCUUCGUCGAGGAGAAAAACCACAGGUGCAGUCAAACGAAAAUGACCAUGUGAUAUAAAACUGUAUUUUGCUACUCCUCAUUAAUUCAGGAGAACUAAUUAUUUUCUCCCGUGGUCCCACUGUUAUCACGUAUGUCGUGUGAGAGUGUGGACAUGCCUUCCUGAUGCUUAUCAGUUUGAUUAAAUAUAGAUUUGUAUAAUCUGGUAAAAAAUAACUUUGCUUCACUAACUAAGGUUUAACCAGUUGGUACCCAAUCCAGGGACACCACACUUUGAGGGAAGUUUUCAUCUGAACGACUUUAUUGUAGCAUUGCUUUCUUUUAAUAAUCAUGGUGGAUAUUGCUUUCAGGACAAAGGAAUUAUUUCACAUGACCGUUUUCUUUUGAAAUUUAAGUUGCCCCGGAUCUUCACCCAAUCCAACUACAAACCUUAUACAUAGCCCAGUAAUUGAGUAAGAGAAGCUUGUAGCUUUCGAUUAAUGUUACCAAGUUAGAAUUUUUAAGAGUCACCUUUCCUAGUAUCUUUGUCUUCAAUUUAGCUUCAUCAAGUAGGUCCGUACGUCUACAGUAUAACAUCAAAGGAAAUUGACGUGAAGUUCGAAGGUGCAAAAGUCACAAGCAAAUCGUUCGAGAAGGCUGAAUUCAACAGGAUACUUACCAAAGAAGAAUGUCCAACAUGUGGCGAAGACGAUAAGGUUCGUUCUAAUUCAAGAGCAAUCUUAACGGAUAGGAGAAGCGAUGUUUUUGUUAAAAUGAAAACAAGAACUAAUUCCAAAAAGAAACAGUUUCAAACCCAAACCUUAACAUCACCCUUUGUUGUCCAUCUUAAGAAAUAAAACAACUUGACAGGACUAUUAACUCACUAGACAAGCUUGAUUUUUCUCUGAACGUUCCUCAUAAAGGCAACUAAUGUAUUUGAAUCACCAGUAACUAUUUACUAACAUGGCAUCAAAGUGCCCGUUUUCAUGGAAAACGAUCAUGACUAACUCGGGAACAAUGAAGACCAUUUGUUCUAAGAAAAAAUAAUCUUUACUCCUACUCUUGGUUGCAAUAGAGAUUACGAUAAUGAAAAUGAUGAUAACGAUAAUAAUGAUAAUAAUAAUAAUAAUAAUUAUAGUGAUCGUGGGUGGAAUGACAAGAAUUGCAAGAUAGUAUCUAUGAUAAUAAUAAUAAUAAUAAUAAUAAUAAUAAUAAUAAUAAUAAUUAUAGUGAUCGUGGGUGGAAUGACAAGAAUUGCAAGAUAGUAUCUAUGAUAAUAAUAAUAAUAAUAAUACAGAUAAUUUAAAGAUAAUAUUUCCUAUCGCCUAUAUUGCUCAAAUUGUAAAUUCUCUUUUUUCAGCUAACGAUAUUGAAUGCAGGUUACCUUGUCAAAGGAAAGGACCUGGGCCAGGUUCUUAUACCCCUCGUGAUGAACGUAUUGUUCGCCGGACUUAGGGGGAAAGGUCUGAAUAAUAGCUAUAUUCUCUUCCAAAUGGGACAAGCCGACAAUCAGCUAAACCUAACAUACCCAUCGACCCUUUUGGCUUUUGGCUCCUGGAUCAAUUCCUCUCCAUAUGUUUCCUCUUCAAAUUUUAAUAAUAGUAUCUAUGAUAAUAAUAAUAAUAAUAAUAAUAAUAAUACAGAUAAUUUAAAGAUAAUAUUUCCUAUCGCCUAUAUUGCUCAAAUUGUAAAUUCUCUUUUUUCAGCUAACGAUAUUGAAUGCAGGUUACCUCGUCAAAGGAAAGGACCUGAGCCAGGUUCUUAUACCCCUCGUGAUGAACGUAUCGUUCGCCGGGCUUAGGCAGCAAGGUCUGAAUAAUAGCCAUAUCCUCCUUCAAAUGGGACAAGCCGACAAUCAGCUAAAGUUGCCAUACCCAUCGAACCCUGCUUUUGGCUCCUGGAUCAAUUCAUCUCCAUAUUUUGCGUCUCUACGAAAAAAUUACUCUGUGGUAGAGAUGAACGGCUUAUACAGUUCAUUUCUGAACGCAUCGAAAUUCGGACCAUUUACAGACACACCACUGCUUGAAAAAAAUGCCUAAACGGCAGUUUGUUCAGUGUACAAUGCGCGAAAUUCUCCAAGGAUCUUCAAGCUGCAGUAUCAAUACAACUAUUAUUGUGUCCAGAUCCGCAAUUAGCUUGCUUCAACACCUCAAAGAAUGGCACACAUGAAGCCCUCGGCGCGUUCAUCGCUGAACUUUCUAAAUAUGUCCUUUUUUUUCUGGAGAAAAACAACUUUGGGGCGACGACCACUCAAAAUCAGAAUGACUUGACACUUGGGUAUGUACUACAGUUACCAAGAAACUCAACCAGAAUACCUGUCCCAGGGAUAGUAACCUCACAUGCUAAUGAAACUGAAGCCAGGAAGGUGGCAACAAGCUCUACAUUCCACACCUGUGAAUCCACAGGAAACAGAUUUGCUUUUGCAGGUAAAGUUUGGGAACAGCUUUCUUGCUCAAAUAUCUUCACAGCAUCUUCAAGAGGUUGAAUUGAACACCGUUGAAUUCAAAAUCGUAAGUGAGGAGGAAGGUUUUAGGCCGAAUAGGGAAAAAUAUGUCUUAUUUACGCUAGCCUCUCUUUAAGAUUUCCAAAGUUGUUGGUCAAAUUCGAGUUAUGCAAAAAAAUUAAUUCAAGGAACUUGAAACCAAGCCUAAAAGUAGGUUGGCGAGCUAUGAAGGGGGCUUUCUGCAAUAAAAGAAAGGUAAGUUACAAAACAUUUUCUCUGUGCGCAAAGCAGAAAUUAUCUUAUUUCCAAGGCGACUUUCCGGAUUCAAAGCUUUAGUGAAAAUAUUUUGGCCAAAGACAAAACCUUCGCCAUUUAAAGAGUUGGAGAGCUAUAGCGACCUCAAACAUUACAUGACCCGAUCAAAAAUGUCUCAGGUUCAUUAGAAGAUUUACUGUUAUUUUUUUUGCCCGAGUGAUUCAAAAUAAGCCCUUGAAUUGGACUUUUCAGGGAUGUAUGACUUGCUUGAGCGGAACAAUCACUCUUACUUUCUUUUGUUUCUUAGCGGUAGGAGGUGAAAGUACAGUUAGUGCCAAUCUAUAUCCAAACGCGUCUAAUGUACAGCUCAAGGUUCGUGGCUACUACACACAAUUUCCUGGAAAGAAAAGUUUAAAAGCUUGUUCAACCAAGUACGCUCCAACCGAAAACAGCUAUGAGAUUUUCAUUUCUCAUUUCCGUUUCCCUGUUCCCGUCAAAUACAAAGAGGACGUCGAAAUACACGAAAUUCCAAUGCACAAAUACUUAUUGGAUGAGGCUGCAGUUGAGGUAAAUAACGUGACCGUGUUCACCAAAGGUGUUUUUGAUGUGAGCCGGGUUUUUGGAGGUCCCAUCUACGCCAGCCUACCGGCAUUUCUUUAUGGAGAAGAGUCUCUUCACAAGGAUCUGGGGCUUGAUAAACCUACUGCAGACGAGCACGAGUCCCUGGUAAGUUUAUGUAAGGUAUCAAGAUCAUUUUAUCAACUGAUCGGUAAUCGAUCGAUUAAACUGAUUGUUUGGGAAGGAAACGUCCUGAUUAGGAGUGCUGUCUAUGGCAGAGACAGUAGCUACCUUUUGGAUCGUUCAAAGCAGUUAUAUCGUCGCUCCAUUUCCGUCCGUAUUACCUACCUGGUCUUAAGAGUAAUAUAGUCGCAUAUUUUGCGCAUUCCGUUACCCUAAUACGGUAAAUGGUGCAAUAUUGAAAUAAUAAAUACUUAGCAACGUACGUCACCAACUUUUCAUUUCUUGCCCACUCUUUGAAUCACUGCUGCACAAAGGACAUCCGUUCGAACGGGAGUUGGCACAUGUCCAUGUUUCAAAUUCAAGCAUGUUUCUAACUUAUCUUACUUGCUUCUGAUUAAGGAGGCGCCUCACCUAUUGGUGGGAUUUCUAGAUCUUUCGGUGAGAUAAAGGAUUAACAUUUAAUAAAAGGAAUAUCUGAAAAGCGAAGGAAUCGAUAUGAACUAACUUUAGCUAGCUUAAUUGAUAUGGAUCUUCACCUCGGUUAACCAUAGAUAUAUACUUUGUCCUAGCUGAGUAUUGAGCCGAUAUCUGGGAGCGUUAUGCAACUCAAACUUCGUAUCCAGCUGAAUGGAAUAUUAUCAAGUGACUUGUCACCUCCCGGCACAAAUGUGACCUUUGUUAAAAAAUUGAUUCCUAUGUCGUGGACGGAAAUAGAAGCAACCAUUGAUGCAGACACGGCUAAGGAAUACAGCUCACAGGUAAAUGAACGAAUAGGACUCCUAAAACGAUCCACACUUUUGCGUUCUGGAGCCCAGUCCAGAUGGUGAUACUCAAUUUCUUGGGCAUGGUUUCCCACUCGAACCAAUAGAUAAGAUGUAUACACAUCGCACCGCCCUCGCCUCUAGAUCAGUAUGCUGCAACACCUAAAAACAACAAUUUUAAUGAAUCAUGAACAAUCAAACCAUAGAAAUAUGCAUUCCUUGAAAAUCUAUUUCCAUUCUUCCCCUUUUACAAAUGAGAAAAAGAAAGGAGAACUCGCCCACAUUUUCAUCAAUGCGAUCAAAACUCUGACGUUCGUCAUCGUUAACGGGGAGGGGUGCAAAUUUAUGAGGAAAAAAAAAGAGAGACGAGUUAGCGGCGUGGCCGACUAUCUCAAAUCCUUCAUCACAAUUCUCACAAUCUGUUUUUUUCCCGGUUUUCCCUAGUUCAACUCGUUUUUAUGCUUUUGUAGCAAGCCAACUGGUUUGCAUUCUUCGGGUCGAAAUUUAAUUAAUUCAUGUCCUUUUUACUCAAGUUAUCUACUUCUCUUUUGAUUUAUCUAUUUACUUACGAUUUUGCUAUUCUUUAAUGUAUCCAUCUAGGACAGAUCAGAUUUAUAUCGAACCUGGAUAGAAACAUCUCAAAGUUUGCUUGAUUUCUCGGUAUAAGAAAUGCACUGCUAGAAAAGGAGCAAUAUGAGAUGGAAUUCCGUACAAGCCUAUUUUGUGUUCUUUUGUUUAACAGUGUUAUAAACUUUCCUCUAUAUUUGUGUAGCUUACUGCGAUGAUAAUUAUUCUGGAAGAAUUUAUCAUCUCUCUGUCAUUACAGGUGUUUGGAAGCCUUCGAAUGUCGUGUGGUUUACUCGUGUCCUUACCUGUGAUUGGUGGGAUCCUUGUCAUUGUUGGUGUGGUUUUAAUUCUCAUGGCUGUCAAGAAACCCGACUCUGUGACUGCAGCUUAAGCUUUCCUUCUAGGAAGUGUAAAUUAAUAGUGCGAGAAUUUCACAUGUAAUAUUCACACUUGAUUGUUCCUUCCAAGCUUAGCUACCAUGGAUUGCUACCGUUUCCUACACACGUCUUUCAAUUUCUGACACUUUUAACGAUUCGACUGCUAAAACUACAUUUAAACAUAAACAAUCUACCCUCUCUACCCUUUAAGUGUAAAUCCAAUUGGAUUUGCCAAGUUUUACAGAUUUUUUCUUAAGAGUCUUAUUUGAUAAGACAAAUCAUGAGACCGUGGAAAGAGAACUACUUUUUUAUAGCAAUAGCCAUGAUAGCGACAGCGAUAACGACCACAACUAACCGUUUGUAAAUAUUAUUCCAUCAAAGAUGAAUCAUUGCUAUUGUAAAUACCUUGGUCUGCGCCUAAGUUAACAUCAUCUAAAACAAAUUUUAUUUGGAAAUCACUUAUGUUGAAUCAAUAGCUUAGUUUUAGAAAGGCUAAAUGUGCUACAUUACUACAACCAGAAAGUAGAAUUCCCCAAUAGUCGCCGAGUCGCCAUUUCUUUCGCAAAAAUUACUUCACUUCAUCUCCCGCUCUCGGUUUUUGAUAUGGAUCACUGCCCGUUAUUACAUCAUUGGACGCGGCGAGGGGAAGUAAAAAGUAUAGGUACGAGGUUGAGUUGUUGUGAAGGUUAUGAUAUUGAAAGCUCAAUUUUGUUUUCAAAGGUUUUUUAAGCUCGUUGCCAGGAAGAAAGUGAGAAACUGAAUAGAAAAUACGGGUUUAUAGCAAGAAUGAAAAGAGAAGCUGAAUAUUUAUAUAAGAAAAUAUAGAAAAUUUAUCCUACUUGUUCAGACACGAAAAACACUUUUGAUAAAAUGUUACUGAUUAAAUUAACAAUAAAGUGUUUUAUUUCCAAACCAUGAGCUUUGUAGAUUGUGUAUUGAUUUAUAAUUUUUUUGAUAAGCUAUGAUUUAACAUGUUUCUCGCCAAGAAUAGCUUUAGUGAGUUCAAGGGGAUUCUUCCCUUUUGUCGCCCUUUUUACCUUAAUAUGCUCUUAAAUAUUGACAAUUCAGUGUAUAAGCCUUCGGUUUUCCAAAUGUCGUCAGGAGUUUAGGAAGGACUUAGGUCGCACAUCCGCGAGGAUCUUUAUCAGGAAAAUGAAUCUCUAUUUCAAACCAAGGAACGAGCAAGGAAUUGACUGAUAACAAAAUACAAGAGCUGAUGUCAACCUCAGUUUCUGCUCCCACGGUCGAUUGAGGCGUUACACUUCCAUUAUACUUGACGUUAAAGGAAAAAACAAUUGUUCUCGUUUUGUGAAUGUGGUUCCCUAAUGCAACGGGCUAAGUUAGAGAAGCGGCAGAGUAGUGAGGGAGGGAAGGGGGGGCUUAUGAAUACAUUGAUGGUAACGUUCAAGUGCAAGAGGUACGACCUGGCGCGGAGCUGAGCCUGGAAACGCGAUUAAGGAUGGUUAGCAGCUGAACUGAUUCUCUGGCAGACCUUCUAAACACUUCAAGGAAGUUCAUUUUUCCUGUUUUCAUCUUCCCCAAAACGAUCAUCCCGUGUAAAUGAGUUUUUAAGAUAGAGCUCAGCUAGAAGCAAUGCAGAAAUUUUAUGCUUGCUGUGUUUUUGCCGAACAAUGAACGAAAAUUAUAUCCGCUUCCACGAAUUUCUUACACGAACUUGUAGAACUGAACUUUUCGUAGAUAUGUAAACUAAAGGGAAGGCAUCUAACAAAAAUCCUGCCACAACUGUUCCUAGAUCCAGCUAAAACUUCUGUUAUACCCUAUUUUUUGUUGUAGUAUUGUUUAGCGAACGAAAACUUCGAAGGUCUGUUGUCUUCCGUUUUUGACCUUUUCUUCAAUGAUUUCUUUCAUUUUCUGGCAUACUUAUCUGGUAUUGCUGCAGUGUUAGGCCAGUUUCUUGAACGUCUGAGUACAGGUUUCCAUACCUAACUUUAACUGUCAGUCGUCAGUAGGAAAAUAAUCUGUGGUGAGCGCCUUGCUAAGCGAAGGUCUUAUUUAAGCAUUUUUCUGCUCUGAAGUAUUGUGUUGAGAGUUUCGCAUGAAGGAUUUCGCGUCGAGGAUUUAGCGUGUUUUAAAGAAUAUCAUUGUUGGUAGCUUCCAGUUUAGAUAUUGUUCACAUAAGAUCUAAGCGUGUAGUACAGGCUCUAUUGUUUCUUGGUCUUUUUGUUCCGUACUUUAGAAGUCAUCGGCUGUAUCUUUUACAUCUGUGCAAGGAUGGGAUAACGGUUACGCCGGAAUACGUCGAAAAUAAAGAAACUAUAGAGAAAUAUGUUUUUUUGUCUUUGUCACGAGCGUGGGACAAAGGAAAAACUUCUGAGUCUCCAAGAGUCCCCUCGUCAUUCUAAGUCCCCUCGUGGGAACUCAGAAUUUUUCUUUAUCCCACGCUCGUGACAAGACGAAAAAAAAAACAUCUUUCUCAAUUUCUUUACUGAGCUCAAAACUUACCGUCUCUCUUAUUCUACGAAGAAACUAUGUAUGUCAGUUUCCGGACAAGAAAAUUUGGAUAGUGAAGAAUAAGGAAUUUUUUAUCAUUAUUAUUUAUAGUUUCACAGAGGCAAAAAUCAAGGUUUAACUGCUGGCCGAAAACGUAUGAUAUCGAUUGGCCGAAAGGACAAAGCCAAUUUUUAUACCUCACGGCCAAAAGAUUAUAAACUGUUUAUAAUCUCUAGUCCGAACUCAAACACUCUCUCCAAUGAGGGAAGAACUUGUUAAGUGCUAGUGGUAAAAACUCAUAAACUCCUUAGGGCGAAUUACGAACAAAUUACCCUAAAAAAAAUGAUGACACACUAUUUGCCUCUAGUGCCUUUUACAAUCGUCAGGUUGCUAUAAAUUUUAAUUAUAAGUAAAAGGAAUUUAAAAAACGGUGUAUUCCUGAUUCUUCACUGAAACUUUUUAUAUUUUAGGACCUCACUUUUUUUCAUGUAGAAAAUUAAGAUUUGCAACCUUAACCGCCGCCCUGCUUGCUUUCCCGCAUAUUAAGGGUUCCCCUUGGCUUCGCCUCGGAGAAAAAAACUUAUCCCCCAUGACCAUUCAUAAAUAAUUGUUGAACACAUUUUGCAUAACAAAGGUAUAUCGAGCUCUACAAACAGCUCUGAAACCAAAAGUAGGAAGAUGAAAAACAAAAGAUAUGAGAUAUGAAACGUAAUAUUUCAGGUAAAAGCGUUUUCAAAAGUUCACCGACAGUUACAACUUUUUCUGCCAUUUUUUUGUAAAUUCUGUAGUCAUUUACGAGUACACAUUUAGAUCAAUACUCAUAGAGAGUGAUAAGAUCGUAAUGAUACUUCAACAGUACCGCAGUACCGUCGACAAUUCUAGAACCUUGUUCAGGUAAAAAAGGACUUCAGCUCGCGAGAAUUCUCAUCGUGUAAUUUCAUGAUUUCAGUAGGAUAAAGUGGCAAGAGUUAUUACUAAUUCCCCCUGAACAGAAUGCCAGCCAAACGCAAGGUUGCUUCCAGCACGUGGCAUGGACUAUCGAGCUCGUUGAACUCGCGAAAAAAAUGAGCCUCGAAUCGUUGCCCUAUCUUUCGACUCUUAUGUCUUUUACAAUUGUCGGGUUCUUUUUAUUAUUGGUAAAAAAAGGUGUACUCCUUAUUUUCUACAGAAGUUUUUCACGUUUGUGAUACUUCGAUUUUUUAAAUUGCAGUUGGGUUUUUUUUUGUUUUUGUACUGAAUAAAGUCGUAAGGUGACCUGCAUGUAUAAUUUUUCUCAUUCUUGAGCUGGAUGGUAUAGCAGAACGAGUAAUGACUAGCGCCUCGGGAGGCACUGAGUUUUGUUUUCUGUCGGCCUUACAUGUUUACUUCGGUUUCGCCUCGAGGAACAUUGAGACUCUCUAGGCAACAAAGUAAGCUGUUUCCCUUAGGGUCAAUGAUUAAGUACUUAUCCGGCAUUGCCACCGUGACGGAAAAAAAUGGAACUGCCGCUUGACUGUCUAACAACAGUUCAGAAAAAUAACGGAGAAAAAAGCUGACGGAGCUCUCUGAAGGAGCGAAGAUUGAGUCACAUGUCAUGAACAAAAACACUCACCGGAAAAUGAAAGAAGCGCAAAGGUUAUAGGCAUCACAUCGGAAAUAAACCAAGUAUAUAGCGCUUGGUACCCGGAUGUCAGCGAAGAUGAAGCGGAACUGACUAAUUGUCAGCGUUUCAGGUCUCUCAGAAAACCAGAAAAAUCUCCAAUAAACGACGUCGCACGUAAAUCUUUUAUUUGUGUGGUUAUUUUGCAUAGUUUAAUCCUUAACUCCCAUGAGUGACCAAGACAGAAUUUCUCCUAACAAAAUCAAUACAAUAUCAAGCAGACAAGUGACGCGAAUAAACAAAACAAAUUCUUAAUUAGGGGAUUAUUAGUUGAUCCAAUGCCAAAUUCUCCAAACUAACAUCACAAGAACUAUAUGGCAGACAGUAAGAAGAAUUACUUAUGAUAUCUUGAGAGUUAAAGGGUUUAGGAAUGAACAGGAAUAACUUGUUAAGCUUCCUGCUGGUGCCUGAUCGCUUUGUUCGUAUACUAAUUUCAUCGCCUUUAAUUGAAAACCUUUGAGGUCCGUACCUUUUCGAUAAAAGAAGAAGCCAAAGUUAAUUAUUUUUUAUCUAAUAUCUUGUUAACACACAGUUGCAAGAAAUCUAAAUCGUCUUUUCGCCAGCCCUAGAAAAGAAACUGAGGGACUAGAUAAACUUUAUCAUGCAUCGGAAGAAAGUGGCAGGAAUAAUAUUACUUUUGACAGGAAUCACUCUGAUAGCCCUUGGCCUUGUCAUUGGAUUUGUAGCACCAAAUAUGGUGCUGAAGAAAGUUCAGGAAUCGAUAUGUGUCAACAGCAAGGAUAGUCCGGGCUAUAAAAGAUUGGUGAGUGAAAUUUGUGUCUCUUCCAUGAUUGAAAUAUUGCCUUCAGCUACACUCAAGAGGUAAGAUGAACAUCAUAAAAAACAACAAAUUCUGACGGUAAGGCCCAAAAUAUCCAAAUGUUCUCUGUUUAUACAAACAUGCGGUUGCUUCCUGAAACAAUCAACUUUUUCCUCCGCAAAUUCGGUUGGUGAUAACGAGUCGAAACUGAAGCAAGCAACUUUCGCUAGAUUUUUGUUUCAAAACUAUCAUUCCUAGAAACGUUCGUAAGAAAUGGAUUAUCAUUGUAUGUGAACUGCAUAAAAAGGUGACAGCUGUCAUAAAACUGGCUCGGUUUUAGCAUUGUUUUUCGACCAAGCACUACAUCUCAGAACUCAGUAAAUUUAUAUUUCUCGCUAAGUAAAUAAUAAUUUAAAAAUGCAAAAUAUUUGAAUUUACAGAAGUUCAUUAACAGCGCAUAACCGAAACUAAAUAACGCAUUAAUGUUGCCUUCAAGACCACAAUUAAGCCACUCGGUCGCUUGCCGGCCGAUAAACUAAUGUUUUCAUGUCAAACUUUGAUCACCUCUGUGUUUUCGAAAGAAUCACUUUUAGUUUCCUACUAAGUCAUACCUUAGUUCAUGAUCAUUGUUAUGGAAAGUAUUCUGUCCAAAUAACUACUUCGACUUUGACCUCGAAUACAGAUCAGCUCGAACUGUUUUGUCAUAAAAAAGGGCCGUAAAAUAAGGAUAAAUAUCACACGCCAGGUCGAUAAAAGAGAGUGGAGUGUAGAACAUAGACGUUUCUGGUCAGACAAACGGCGUGAAUUUGAAGACCCGGGCGGAACAUCCUAUUUAAAUUCCGCGGCGUACACCCGCAAGUGAGAAAGAAUAUGAGCGUACGAUUCGUAUUUACUUGUUUAUUAACAUGAGCAAACUCGAUAUUUGCGCUCUCUUUCUUCAAUGAAAAUAGAGGGUUCACGUCUUCCCUGAGCUAAUCUUUCUCAUUCACUGUACAGGGGAAUCCGAGUCACUUUCUAACAAAAGUUUACUACUGGAAUAUCACAAACAAAAUGGGAUUUUUUUAUCGAGGAGAGAAACCACAGGUACGUAAAAAAAAAUAAACAAACAAAAACAGGAACAAAUGUUAUGCAAUAAAGUGCGAAUAAGUGUGGUGUCUAGAUUCAAGCUAAGACUCCUGAGUGACUGAGUGACCCAGCAAAGGAGAGAACUACUAAGCAAAAAAUUUUAAGAAAAAGUUAAGCAUGACCUCUUGAGGUAGGUUGAAACCUCGAUUUCAAUUAUCUAAGCCGAUAAAAAUCUAGUGUGGGUCUUCUAAUCGUUUCAUCACAGCUCUACUAUUCAUAACAUAUCAUCGUAAGUUUUGGAAUUGAAAAGUUAAAAAAGUACAAGUACGCCGGCCAGUCAGGAAAUUAACAUUGCAUCACACUUGAUAUCUGAUGCAUCACUCGUAUCUCAGUGCAUGUCUCAUUGCAUAUCUCAUUGCAUCACACUAGAUAUCUGAUGAGUAGAAAAAACCUUCCAACCUUUUUAGCUUUGGGGUAUUGGGAGGGAGAUCCCGUACUCCGUGUUACCUCCCCUUUUUCCCUUCCCACGGCUCUAAAUGGAACAAUAUUUGAUCUUCAGUACGGACCUUACAAAGAAUAUUAUCCAAUAUUUUUCAGCUCAGAGAAAAGGGUCCUUAUGUUUACAGUAUGACAUCGAAGGAAAUUGACGUGAAGUUUGGCAAAGGAACAAUUACAAGCAAGUCAUUUCAACGAGCCAAAUUUAAUAGAACACUUACAGAGAAAGAAUGUCCAACAUGCCGAGAAAGCGAUGAGGUUUGUUGUCUAAAGUAUCUUUGAUCAUUACAAUAGUAAUAAGAUACAUGAAAAAAUUUCUCAGUUCUGAUUGGUGAAGAUAAAUACAGUUUUCAGGUAAUUCAAUGCAGAAUAGGGUUAAUUCAGUGCAAAGAAGUAACAACCCAGACUGAACAAUUCCUUGAACUAUUUAACCUGCCUUUAAACUUCUUUUCGCCUCAAAGAUGUGAAAAUAUCAUUGUAUAUUAUUGUUUUGGUCGUACGUGAUUGUUUUGACCGAACGCACGAUGUCACUUGCAGGGUUUGAAUAAAUUAUUUUUGCACUUGAUGCGCACGCUUUGCAUCUGCAUAAUUCUCGUGCAAUUUGGAAUGAAUAAGCACUUAUAAAUUUUUUCAAAGACCAUGAAUUGCACUCACCUUACGGGCUCGCAUAAUAUUUUUACUCUUUCAUCAAUUUUGUUAGAGUAAAAAAUUUACUCGUGCUUAUUUAUUUAAAAAACUAAAAAGAAUGAAAAUAAAUUAAAUAGCUUGGAAGAGCUUUUCAAGAUAGGUAGAUCGUUUAUCUAAGCAUCUUUUGGUUUUCUAUAUGAUUGUUAGUUUUUGUAAGCUGCUUUGAGUUGUCACAAAAGCGGAAAUAUGACCUGUUUAUCAGCUGAUUAUUAACUUUAUGUUCAUCUUCGUCUUCUUAUGUAAGAUCUUUUUUUAACAUAAUAAGUUUCAUUUAUAUCUGAUUCUUCCCACUGUGCUCGUUACUGAUAAUCGGUAUCAACUUUGGAAGUGAUUCACUUCUAUCCCACAGAGGAGACAUACCGAACGUGUGGUAACUUCUACAAUAUAUCUCUAAUUGUUGUUAGUUCGUUGUUAAUCUGGUCUCUUUUCUUUUGCUCUUAAUCAGCUAACGAUCUUGAAUGUUGGUUACCUUGGUAUAAUGCAAAGAGUUGGAUCUGCAUGGGAAUUCAGCUUCGCUUUCAUUCCGAUGAUAAUGAACAUCCUGUUCCUAAAACUCAGUGCAACGACAAAACUAAACAAGACCUCUAUUCUGCUUGAAAUGGGUAAAACACACAAUCAGCUGCCUCUGAACUCAUCAUGUUAUCCAGCGUUUGGUUCUUGGCUCAAUUCGGUUCCUAAAUUUUUCCCUCUGCGGAAAAAUUACACGCUUAAGGAGAUGAACGGUUUAUACGGUGCAUUGAUGGAUCCUUCCAAAUUUGGACCAUUUGAUAAUCCAAAGCUUCUGAAAAGAUGCCGAAGUGGAAACAUAACUGAAGAUUGCGGUCUGGCAUUGAACUUACUAGCCUUACAGAAAGGUGAAGGGGAAAAACUUGCUGCGAUUAGGUCCGUAAGAAAAAUACUGUGCCCAAACAAGAUAACAUCUUGUUUUCCUGUUCCAUGUAUUUUUUGCCCAAGUUUCUUUAUUAUAUUAAGAGCUGUGGGCGAAUUCAUAAUAGAGUUGUCCAAGUAUGUGCUUUGGUAUCUCGAUGAUAAUAACUACGGGCUCACAACAACUCGAAGCCAGGAUGAAUUAUCUCAUGGUUACGUGAUAAAACUGCCGUUACCGGGUCAUCCAUUAGGGAUACAUGUACCAGGCCCAAUCAACUUGGAUACCAGCGAAAAAGAAGUGAUCAAAGCAGGAGGGAACUCGACCCUGUACACGUGUGAGUCAGACGAGUCAUUCAGUUAUGCAGGUAAACUUGCGACAUUUCUUAUUUGAGUAUUGUGCAUAAAUGUAAUGUAUCAGUGUCUUAAUUUUCCAUAAUAGGCAAGAACUUUCAACACUAAAGAACCACCAAAUUCUAGCUGUAGACGUGGAAAAACACUUUGUGAUUUCUUGAUUCCAAACAGCUCCUGCAUAUAUACUCGGAGAGCAUUGGAGCACAUUUUCAAAACUUUCCGUCGUGUUGAAAAAGAAAAGAGAAAAAUAUUACCUGACGUUAGCUUUGCGUGUGCUCUCUAAUUGAUCAUAGGCACCGACCAAUCACUGAAUGCAUACGUUCUAUUUCAUUCUCUCUUUUAGCAAUUAAUGGUAAGAGUCGAGUUAACAAGGAUUUCUACCCAAAUGCAUCUUCCGAUCAGCUGAGGGUUCGAGGCUAUGGGUAUCAAUAUCCAGGUGUCAAACACUUGAAAGCUUGCUCCGCGAUAUACACUCCAGCGGCUAAGAAAUACGAGCUUUUCGUAUCAACAUUUCGCAUGGCUGUUCCCAUCACUUACAAAAGAGAUGUCCAAAUAGAUGACAUUCCGAUGCACAGAUAUGUGAUAAGUGAGUCUGCAGUUGAGGUAAAUAAUAUGACCGUGUUUACCAAAGGUGUUUUUGAUGUCAGCCGAGUAUUGAAAGCUCCCAUCUACGCCAGCCUUCCAGGAUUCCUUUACGGCGAAGAUUCCUUGUACGGGGACUUAGGUCUUCCCGUUCCCAACGAACAAAAAUAUGGAUCUUCUGUGAGUAUAAAUAUCUACACCUUACUCGAUGAAGUAUAACAUACAAGUUUAGCCAGGGUUCUUAACACUUUGGAGAAAAAUAUUGUUCCGUGAAGAAGCCCUUUCAUUUCAGAAAUUCUCAAUCAAUUUUAAACCACCUCCAUUCACCCACCUCCCUUGAUCGAUUGAUCGAUGUUACACUGCGGUUGUAAGAUGAGAGACAGAAACGUCAGCAUUGUGCUGGGCGAGGGAGAGGAUGUGAAUUCCGAGAGGAUCCGUCGAGAAAAAAAACAAAGAGUGGCGAGGCUUUUGUCUUUUGGAUGUAGAUCAUAAUCGACAAGUUUUGUUUAUUGAAAAUGGUCUAAAUGUGGUUUUCUAUAAUGCCUUCUAAAACACUCUUGAUAAUAUAAUGGGAUUGGUCAACCAGCCUAGAGAGAUCUUACCAGGUACUUUGUUCCUUUUACAGCUUAGUAUUGAACCAAUAUCCGGAACAGCAAUGCAGCUUAAGAUUCGCUACCAGCUGAACGGAAAAAUCAUCGCUAAUUCGUCACUGUCCCCAUAUUACCCAGAAACUAAAAAUGUGAGUUAUGAAGAUAAGAUGAUACCAAUCUUGUGGACGGAAAAAGAAGCAAGUAUUGAUGCAAUGACUUCAAAGGAGUUCCGUUCAAAGGUAGGUAUACUGCAUUAGCGCGGAUCAAACCCUCUAGUGUGUCGUGGAGCCCUUAUUAGCACUAAAAAAUGUUAAGUUCAUUGUCUGUGUUUCGGGAAAAUUCAUCUUAACAUAAGACUUUUUUGCUGCAGAUAAAAUGAUAUUUUUUAAAUAAAAACACAAAACUGAACAUUGAAGCUUUGAACGUAAACACCUGACAUCAUGUUCCCUUCCUCUCAAAAAAUCCUCGCAACUUUAUCUAGGACUGCCAUAGUUUGCCUAAGGUGCCAAACUGACCAAUGCCUGUGUGACAUUCAAUUAUUGUUUCAGGUAUUGGGAAGCCUGCAACUCUUUUGUGGUUUUUUCGUGGCCUUGCCUGUGAUUGGCGGCAUCUUUGUCAUAAUAGGCGUAGUUUUCAUCGUUCUGGCUGUCAAGAAGACUAAGUAUGAAAGACUAGUCUGAGGGAUCGGUAAAGAUUAUAACUGCAGUUCGGGAAAUCCAUUAUUCACUAUUCACAUUUGCCUGUCCGAUCCAAACGUAAGGUGAUCAAUUCUGUUUGUAAGUCUUCCGUUUGUUAUACACCUCCAUUGAUUUCAUGUCCCCGUCCUUCGAACUGUUGCUUUUACAAAAUUGAAAUUGCUCAACUGAAACAGACACAUGUCAAAUAAAACAAAUAUUUCGUUUGAUUUUUUCAUCCAUCAUUCGCCAGACCCUACCCAGCAAGCCUUCAAUACGUCUCUUUGAUGAGAUUUUGCUGGCUGGUGCUGAAACAUGUUUAUCGUGAUAAUUGAGAGAUUAGAAAUUUUAUGUAAUUUAAUUUGUUAUUAAUGUUCAACUAGG